AUGGACCCCACCGAGGUGGCUCUGACAGCCCCACCUGGCACUGCAGUGCCCCAGGAGCUGCUGGCUGAAAUGCUUUGGUUUUUCCGCAUGGAAGAUGCAACCCCUUGGAAUUACUCCAUCCUCGCCCUGACAGUGGUGGUGGUGGGGCUAAGCAUGUUCCUCCUCAUAAGAAACAUCCAGGGCAACAGGAACCGAAAGAUGCAGCAGCUGGAAAAAGCAGCUCCGGAAGCCCUGUACUUAAAAGAGGUCAAAUCUAAAGAUGGCAAGAACAGGAACAACCUUAGAGAGUCUCUGCUCUCAGAAAACCUCAACUGGGCCCCAGGGGAAAUGGAAUUUAAAGACAGCACUGAACCACCAGGCUUUCUUCGAGACUCAGUGGAAACGGCCAGCUGA